AUUUGUGCAAUGACCGCACCACCUCCUGCGCCGUGGAAAAGUCUCUGCGCUAACUUGGAGACGGUGUUGAGAUCGAGGGGCCUCGACCUAGUCAUUCCCAUGAACGUGGGCAUGUACAACGCGGUGGCACCUCCAGCAUACGAAAUCGACGCCACGCCAUCGUCGCUCUUAGUCAUGGUUGGCAACACGAAACACUUGUGGCCUGCAUUCGUGAACUCGUUGGAUAUCAACAACAUGCCGGACCAUCCGCUGAACGAAUAUGCCGUCGUCGAAGUGACUCGAGCGGUCGAGCGUGUGGAAGCCAGCACCAGCAUCCAAGCAAAUAAGGUUUUUUGGGUUCACGACACCGAAGUUGGGAAGAUGAUCGCCGCUGUCCGCAUGGUGGUCGCGUCCGGGUUUGCCUCGUUCUCGAAUGAAGCGCACUUGAGCGUCCAUCCGACGUACGGCCCGUGGUUUGGGCUGCGCGCCGCCAUCGUGUUCCACUGCGACGGUCCUACGGAGCCCGUAUACCACGAACCGAGGAUCCUCACACUGCCUCCGGAAGUCUCCAAGCGAACGCAAGACCUGUUUGAUCAAGCGAAAGCACUCAAGACCGUGUCGGCGGAGGCCAAAUCCAUUUGGUUCCAGCUCCGCGUCGGCAUCAGUCCCAACCAUCCAUACAUGUACUGUGACGCCCAAGUCCGUUUCCAUUACGCCAACUCUCCCCACACUCGUGCUGCCAUCAUUGCUGCCGUCCAGUCCAACACACCCAUCGACUAUGUCCUGGAACCGCCGACGGCCGACGCCGUUCGCUGCCGCCGGCUCUUUCAAACCGUCCUUUGGGACAUCAUGGCCACGGAGCCGCGGCCUGAUGCAGUGCUGCUCAGCGGAGGCUUGGAUACGUCAAUUAUCGCAGAAGCAAGUGGAUGUGGCCUCGACGUAGUUAAAGUCGGUGCAAUCCCCAUUCUUUCUAUCCAGGGUGGCAUCACAGUCCGUGCCGACCCCAUUGCCCAAGAUGCCACGUUCGCCAGCGCCAUUUGCAAGCGGCUUGGGGUGACCCAUCACUGCCUGGACGUGACAGUCGAGGAACUCUUGGUUCAUAUUCCAAUUGUCAGUCGCAUCCUCGAAACAUUUGACCCCAUGGAACUUCGGAACGCCAUCGUGAUCUACCACUCCCUUCUCAAGGCCAAGGAGGUCGGGUACGAUUGUGUGGUUACGGGCGACGGCGCGGACGAGUUGUUUGCGGGUUACUCUUUCUACGCCGCAAUGACUCCGGAACGUCUCCAGUUGUAUCGACAACACAUUGCCCGAAUCAUGCGGUUCUCGUCGCAGCCCCUCGCGGCGGCGCUGGGGCUGACGGUGCGCAGUCCAUUCCUAGACCCGCGAGUCGUCGAGUUCGCCCUGUCCCUGGAGAAGGGUACCCUCGUCGAGGACAAAACCCCCGUCCCCAACGGCAAAACGUACGGGAAGCGAGUGUUGCGCCAAGCGUUUCCGGAAGCGUAUUCGCAGUGGCGCGACAAAGAGCCGAUUGAGCAAGGUGCGGGCACGUCACAGCUCCGCCUCGGGUACUUUAGCGACGCAAACGUGCCGGACUUUGCCACGAGACAGCGUCAAGUGUACAGAGACCACAACGUUGUGCUGCGCGACCACGAGCACUUGGUCUACUUCGACCAUUUUCUAACCGAGUUUGGUGGGUCCCUCGACGCUGUGCCCAAGGUGCGCGACGGCGACGAUCCCUGUCCUGCCUGUCGAUUUGACUUGUCGUCCAAGGAUCAGGACUUUUGCGUCACAUGUGGCUUCUGGCCGGCGCGAACCACCGACGCAAACGCGGCGUCCGCGAAACCAGCGAUGAAAAAGCUGGCCGCAUUGAUCCAAACGCUGCGUGAAUAAUAAAGGAGUCGCAGUACCAACGUCAAG